AUGGCACUCCUGAAUUUCUUCUUUCCUGAUGAAAAGCCAUAUUCUGAAGAGGAAAGUAGGCGUGUUCGCCGCAAUAAAAGAAGCAAAAGCGGUGAGGGAGCAGAUGGUAAUAGCAAAAAUAAGAGAUUUGGAAAGAAGGCAGGGCCACCUGGGCCCAAUGGCCCCCCAGGACCAGGACCUCAGGACCCCCAGGGACCUCAAAUUCCAGAAUUCCCUGGGAUUCGAACAACUGUUGUGGGACCACCUGGCCCUCCUAGCCCUCCUGGUCCUCAAGGACCCCCCUGGCCUCAAGGACCUUCUGGUGCUGCUGAUAAAACUGGAACUCGGGAAAACCAGCCAGCUGUGGUGCAUCUGCAGGGCCAAGGGUCAGCAAUUCAAGUCAAAAAUGAUCUUUCAGGUGGAGUGCUCAAUGACUGGUCUCGCAUCACUAUGAACCCCAAGGUGUUUAAGCUACAUCCCCGCAGCGGGGAGCUGGAGGUACUGGUGGACGGCACCUACUUCAUCUAUAGUCAGGUAGAAGUGUACUACAUCAACUUCACUGACUUUGCCAGCUACGAGGUGGUGGUGGAUGAGAAGCCCUUCCUGCAGUGCACCCGCAGCAUUGAGACGGGGAAGACCAACUACAACACUUGCUAUACUGCAGGCGUGUGCCUUCUCAAGGCCAGGCAGAAAAUUGCCGUGAAGAUGGUGCACGCCGACAUCUCUAUCAACAUGAGCAAGCACACCACCUUCUUUGGGGCCAUCAGGCUGGGCGAAGCCCCUGCAUCCUAGAUCCUCCCUUUCCAUCCUGGCCCAUGCCCCUGCCCCAGGUUUGGGAGCCAGGACUCCCAGAACCUCUAAGUGCUGCUGUGUGUGGAAUGAGAUAUAUUGCCGUUGCAGCCACAGAGAGAAAUGCUCCAUGCUAUUUAUUCCCCCGUGACUCCAGGAUGACAAGGCCUACAUGACUUCCCAGAAUGACCUUGAGUUGCCAGUACAGUUGAUGGAGCCCCAGGGUUUUCAAGAAGCAGAACCUUCUUAGGCUCCCUGUUGACUGGCUUAUGGUGACUCCUCAACCCCUAAGUCCCUCAUCAGAUGUAUCAUUUGUUGCACUAAAAUGAGGAUCCAAGAUAGUAGGCCACAAAAAAGCAAAGGUGCACCCCAGAUUCUAGUGCUGAUGAGGGCUGCUUCUUCUCUCCUGGCUGCGGGUGGCAUUGGGUUGUAACUUAAGGAGAGGGUCAAGUCAGAAGAAGGCAAGUCCUUGUGGCAAAGCCCUGGGCAAUAACCUGCCAAGUAUGUAUCCUUGGUGGAAGAGGCAUUCUUGCUGCAUUGCACUAGAACCCACUAGAGGCUCAAAGAGAACUUCCCACUAAGGCCAAGGGGUAUACUGUGGCAGCUUGCUGGACUCCAGAGCCGGGAACUUUGCUUUGCCUUGGAAUCAUUGCAGGACUGACCACAAGCCUGCCUAUGUAAGAAGCUGAAUCUAUAUUCGGGGCCAUAUGUGUCUCACUGUUUACAGCUAUGGUCUGCUCUCAGAAAACUACCCGGAGUCUUCCUGCCUGUCACCCUCCCCAGACUGACUAGAAAUCAUAUCUUCUUUCUCCACAGUGCCUACCUCUGUUUGAGACAGGCGCUUCAUGGUGUAUUCUUGGGCACAAAGAAUUUUCCAUUGAUUAGGCAAUACAAUUAUUAUUCAUCUAAUUCUAAUAAAUUGUGUCUGAGAGCAGGUGAUUAAACUGGAUAACUUCCAAAAGCCCCUUAGAGUUUGAAUAUAGGUGGAGCCCAACAGUUGCCUGCCACAGUAGAUUUCAGAAGUCCCGAACCAUAUACUCCCUUGGACAUCAGCAAAGCAUAGUUUUUCUACCUUUCCUGGAGGAAGGGGUGUGGGGAUAGAACAGUAAAUGCUGUACAUGUUUGUUGAAACCCAAGAUCUUAUCUGGAAGAACAGCAGGCAAUGGCCCACUAGCCCAGUCUUUCUGUGCUGCUCUCCUAGAGCCAGGCUCAAGAGAAAGCAUCUGUCUAGCUAUUGAGCAGGGCUCUGACACCUACGUUAGAUCCAAAGGCACCUCCACCAAUUUUCCUGCAUGGUCACAUGCUAGAUUUGUGAGCCUUCUUUCCAAUUGCCUAGCUUCAGGUUACCAGGCACAGUCCAAAGCUAGAGGGAUCAACCUUGUCCAGCCUGUACCUCUUGCUCCUGAAGUGUAUUUUUUUUUGAAGAGAUGGGAAAUACAUCCCUGAAAUUCAUCAGAAAUAUCAGGUACUGAUUUCUCAGCUGUACCUCCAUUUCCACAUUGCUUGGUAGGCCAAGGGUCCUUUAUCUAAUGCUGAUGACAGACAGCCUUAGAACCAGAACAACCAGAAAUGGCAUCAACUUUAGACAUGCAUCUGCCCCUGGAGGCCUUGACCAUUCAGCAGUGGUAGCAAGAACUAACAGACCCUCUCCUUAAUAUUUGAAGGUUACUUCCUCUUAAUUUCCUUUGAAGAAGAUGGGGCAGAGAAUAUCACAGUUAGCAUUGUAGAUGUAAGGCUGGGAGAGAAAGUGCUUUCACUAAGAGCUCACCCGUAAGUCACAGACCUUAGCUUUUAGAGAGGUCUGACUCCUAAGCUAGUGUCUUACCACACACAGCACUGUGUGGAAUUUGGGUCCAGAAAGGAAACUUAAACAUGAUCCCAUGGAACUAACCUCAUUGUGGAGUCCUAGGGAGAAACCUAGCAAUGCUCAAUUUUCAUUGCUAUGGUACUGCCUAUUCUCUUGGCUGUCAUAGGCUCUGUGGAAGAAGUCUUGGGUGUUUUCUAACCCUGAACAUAACUCUGGGACCCACAGAUCUGGUAGUCUUCAUGACCUUUCAACCAUCUGAUAAAAGCAACAGCCAUCAUACAAGGAGCUGCUAUGUGGGGCAAGGUCUUCUGUCUUCCAUUCCUGACCCUAGAUACUAGUUCU